AUGGAAACCAAAACAGCUUUGAUUAAAAGGAUGCAUCGUAUUUGUGUGAAAGGCAAAGAUCCGUUUAUUCAACCUGGUGCCGAGACUCAAGACGAGAUAACUAUGACUUAUGAACGCGGAGAUUCAUCAAUACUCAAUAAAGAAAAUUCUCUGGGCUAUUUACGUACGACCCAAGCGUUUGCUCCCAAAUCUACGGCCGCCGGUCACGGUUUAGCUGAUGUUAUGUGUGGUCACAAAGGAGUAUUUGGCAUUACAACGAAAGAUAGAGAAGGCAAUGAUCUGGAAUACGGUAGAGCAAUGCUUGAUAUGAAGAUUAUUGCAUCAACGAUGGAAACUAUAGAUUGGGAUGUUGAAGAUCACGACGAUGGGACUUAUACAGUAUCCUAUACUACAAAUAUUCUUGGUCCUCAUAUAAUAUCCGUAAGAAUCGCCGGUAUUCCCAUCCAAGGCAGUCCAUUUACUGUCAAUGCCAGUAUCAGUGAAAACUAUAACCUAAGAGACGAGCCUCUUUUUAUUUUAUCACCAGAGAAAUCUGGAUUGUCUGAUCCUACUGCAGUAGCCACUAAUUCCUCCAAUCAAAUCUACGUCGUUGAUCGUGGUAAUAACAGAAUUAUGGUUUAUUCAGAAAAGGGUGAAGAAAUAUUGACAAUUGCCAAGAAUGAAGAAGAUGAGGAUAUAUUGCAAUCUCCACAAAGUAUUGCAGUUACUAAAUCUAAUAAAAUUAUAGUAUCUGAUACAGUGAACAAUCAAAUUCAAGUUUUUGACAAAGAUGGCAAAUUUCUUCAUAAGUUUGGUCAAGCUGGAGAAGGCGAAGGAGAACUUAAGGAGCCGGACGGUGUAGCUGUUGAUGCCAAGGGGAAUAUUGUUGUAGCUGAUACCAUGAAUCACCGGAUCCAAAUAUUUCGUGAGAAUGGUGAAUUUGUAUCAACCUUUGGUAAGCAAGGGACUAAGGAGGGAGAAUUAUUAUACCCAUCCGGAGUGAGUUUAGAUAAAUCUGGCAAUGUCUUAGUAUGCGACUGCGGACUGUGGAAUGAAGCCAGUAAAGAAAAUAAUAACCGAAUUCAAGUGUUUAAUACUGAUGGGAAAUAUCAGUAUGAAUUUGGUUCGACCGGUCAGGACACCGGACAGUUUAUGAAACCAGCUAGAGUUGCGGUAGACAAGAAGGGACGAAUCUUGGUAACAGAUAUGGAUAACAGUCGGAUACAGGUAUUCAAGAAUAAUGGAACAUUUCUCAACACCAUUGUUCGUAGAGGGAAGAGUGACUGUUUUGACGCUCCCUGUGGUAUUGCAGUCAUGCAGGAUGGGAGAAUUAUUAUCACUGAAAGACAGUCGAAUCAGAUCCAAAUAUUUUGAUUUGAAAUUAUGGGAGCCAUAUAUGCUAUUUUAAUAAAACGCAAUGAAUGGAUAGUAAACGGAUAACAUCUUAAUGUUUCGACGAUAAUUUAACAGUCAUAUCCACGAAAAAUGCCAUUAUGAUUAUGCCAAUACAUUAAUUUCCAGUUGCAUUACCCCUGAAGAUGACUGUUAAAAUAAAGUUGAAACGUAUAGAAUAAAGUGCCACAUCAUUAACAAUUUACAGAGUAUCCAUUGUUUUAUGAUGGAUUUGAAACAUCCUUAGUUAUUGACGGUAAAUACAUGUAUAAUCAACCGUUUGAACGUAUAUAAAAGAUACAUUCAUUAUGCAUGCUGCGCGGACCUACCGCAUUAUAAACAUUAUUAAAAAACUAAAAGUGUGGUAAUAGUCAACUACUCAUAGUAUUUAAUACAUAUAGCACUUUCUGUGUUUUAUAUGCAUUGCCAGAGAAAUUAUCCUUAGCUUAUCAUGACAUUCUGCAAUGCAACUGCUAUACAAUGCAUAUAAAUCACAACUUGUACUAAGUUGGCUGAAAGUAGUAUAUUAUUGUUUCAUGUGGUUUAUGUGGUAAAUACAAGUGUUGUACACAGCCACUUAAAAUAAAUUGUAUUUGGGUAAUUAUAU